CAGCGUCUUGCCGUACAAUAGCGCUGUAAGCCGCUCGGAUGGCCAUUUGUCCUCUCUCUCUCUCUCUCUCUCUCUCUCUCUCUCUCGACUGCGAGGUGCGUGCCACUGCGCGUCUCUGUAGGCGCGCACCCGACUCGCUCCGCCCCCUUCCACACUCGCUAUUCACCCCCUUAAACAAACACGACAUUCUCUAAUCACAGAUUCUAACUGUGUGGAAUUAAAAUAAAUAAAUAAAUAAACUAAAAAUAUAACACAAAGAAUUUUGUGGACCGCACACUUGGACCAAGGAGACCCUGGAGUAAAAUGUAAAAUUCUGGGAUUUUUUACGUCGCUUCAGUCUGACAUGCUGUCCCUCGUCAGAAGAUAAGAAACAACUCCGUGAAUACAUUUUGUAAGAAAGCACAAUCAAGACUGAAGUCUCCAAAGCAGCAUGGCCUCGGACAACACACAACGCAGUUACUCCAUCAUUCCUUGCUUUAUUUUUGUCGAGCUUGUCAUCAUGGCUGGGACGGUGCUGCUGGCUUACUACUUCGAAUGCACGGACACCUUCGGGGUACACGUCCAGGGGUUCUUCUGCAACGAUGCGGAUCUGAUGAAGCCAUACCCGGGCAUGGAAGAGGAAAGCUUCGUCCCUCCCCUCAUCUUGUACUGCGUGGUGGCAGCCGCCCCGACGGCCAUCAUUUUCACUGGAGAGAUAUCGAUGUACUUCAUACGGUCUACAAGAGAAGCCCUCAUAGCCCAGGAGAAGACGAUUGUGACUGGAGAAUGCUGCUACCUAAACCCCCUUAUCAGAAGAAUUAUAAGAUUUAUAGGUGUGUUUGCUUUUGGACUCUUUGCCACGGAUAUUUUUGUUAACGCCGGCCAAGUUGUGACUGGAAAUCUCGCCCCAUACUUCCUGAGUGUGUGCAAACCAAACUACACAGGGACAGAGUGCCGCUUCAAUCACCAGUUCAUCUCCAAUGGACGCAUCUGCACGGGGGACCACCUGGUGGUUGACAAAGCCCGAAGAUCGUUCCCAUCGAAAGACGCAUCGCUGAGUGUUUAUUCUGCUGUCUAUGUCACCAUGUACAUCACAAGCACUAUAAAGACAAAAAGCAGUAGGCUGGCCAAGCCUGUUCUCUGUUUAGGGACCCUGUGUGCUGCGUUUCUGACAGGUCUCAACAGGGUCUCCGAAUAUCGAAAUCACUGUUCUGAUGUGGUCGCCGGAUUCAUUUUGGGAAGCGCCGUAGCCUUGUUCUUGGGAAUUUGUGUUGUACACAAUUUUAAAGGCGUGAAUGGAACCCCAACGAAACAGAAAAGCGAAGAUUACCGCGGCCUCCCGCUAAUGACGUUCCCACGAGUGGAGAGCCCCCUGGAGACGCUGAGCGCACAGGUGGCACCCGAUGCUAACCCGACUUCAACAGACUGGCACGACAACAGGUGAACCAUUCGGCUUCAAUGACGGAAGUGACAUGACUCAGAGGGCAACAUAAAGCUGGUUUUUCUUCACCUCAACACUUCUAGGCACACAAUUGUUUUUGUACUCCGUGUCAGACUGUAAAAAUGAGAACUAUUAUGUUGUACCUAGUUAGACGCUGAUGUAUUUUGUACAUUUUUGUAUACGAAAGUGAUGUAGCUUACCCAGCCUUUGUCAGCUUUUGAUCAAUUUACAUGUCAGGAUAUAUGCAUGUCUUGUCAUGUUUUACAUAAAGUGUACAGUAACUGAAAGAUCAGUGUUGUUAUGUGGUAUUUGUACAAACAUUUCGCUGUUUCUGUAAACCUUUGACAAAAGUCACCUUUUGUAUUUUUUUGUUUUGUUUUAUAUAUAUAUAUAUAUGUAUAAUAGUGCAUAUAAUAGUUUUUUUUUCCAGAAAUAUUUUAGUAUCCAUAUAAAUUCAUUUUCUUUCAAAUCAAUGCCCCUCACUAUGUGACAUGUCACUGUUAUUUCUUUUCUUUUAUAACGUGACCCUUCAUGGAGCAUGAAAGUAAGUUGAAUACAUUGCUAAGAAGAAAAAAAUAAAUAAAUGCAUACAAAAAUUGCAAAAUGUUUUAUUUGAAGUUUUAAUUUGUACCUCACUUGUAUAUAUUUCAUGAUUUCACUUCUCCACAGAAAUAAACAUAAAUUGUAGCCUAAA